GCACAAAAAGCAGCUGUUCUUAGUAUUGAUUCAUUAGUUGAAAAAUUUUCAAUCAUAAAAGAAAGUGAGUUUUUUUUUUUUUCUUUUUGUCAAAUAAUUUCCUCGUGGCUUAUAUUCUUUCUGUUUACGCUCAUCAGUACCAGCGUUAGCAUAAUGAAGAAACUUUUAACAUUAUUUGUACUUCUAAUGUUCUAUAUCAAUCUCUCCGAACAAAUUGCCAAAUUGGUACACUGUGGUAAAAAUGUGAAACCUCUCAAUGAUCCUGAUAAUACUUGCGUAAAAGUGACAUGCAUAUCUUCUCAAAAUUUCGCUUCUUUAGGAUGUCCAGAAUAUCGAUGCCCACCGGGAAAACAAAUAGGUGUAAAUAAAAUUGAUCACACGAAAGUUUAUCCUCUUUGCUGUGGUGGGCCAGUAUGUGCAAAUUAAUAUUAUAAACAAAUUUUAUAAUAUAUACAUUUUAAUCGUAAAUUUUCAAUCUCCACCAUUUGUAUGUAAAUUAUUCUACCGUAAUAAUAGUCAUGUUACUGUUUUUUAAAUAAUAAAUUAUGAUCUUUA